AUUCAAUAUCCAUAUUUUCAGACCAAAGAAAAGAUAAAUGAAUAAAGAUUCUAAAAUGGAUAUUCAAGUUGCGCCAUUGAGAACCUUAGACGACUUUAUCCUAGGAGAAUCCAGGUUCCAGGUUCCAGAUUUACAAAAUAUUGACAGAUGGUUUAAUCGGAUUGUGAAUAACCUGUUGUACUAUCAGACGAACUACAUCCUCUCAGCCCUGGUCAUCUUCCUUCUUGUCACCAUAGGGAACCCACACCACAUGCUUUAUGGUAUUAUUACCAUGGGUCUAGUGUUUGGACUGAUGUACUACAGCAGUUCUAAUAAUGCCCAAGUUGCAGAGUUUAAACAGAACCACCCUUUCAUCGUCAUGAUGGGCAGCCUGUUUAUCGGUUACUACUUCAUUUUACAGAUUGGAUGUGUGUCUGUAUUCAUGUUUGGUGUAGCUUUACCCGUCAUGUUUAUCAUCCUUCAUUCUUCACUUAGACUUAGAAAUCUCAAGAACAAGGCAGCCAAUAUAGCAGAUGUACUUGGUGUAGCAAAGAGGACUCCAAUGGGAAUAUUUCUCCGAGAAUGGGGAAUAGAGCCAAAUCCCAAAUUUAUCUCAUAAAUUGGGAAUAGAUCCAGAUCUCUUAUAUUUCAUCUACUGAGAGUAAAAAUAGACUUUUACCAAAUUAAAAGACAUGCAAUUGUAAUUCAUUAGCUUACAGGAAAUGGCAUAUAUCCUUGUAAAUAAAAAUGGAAAUAGUGGGAACAGAUCUAGAUAUAAACUAUAUCUCAUAUACUGGAUUUAUAGAACCUGAACAAGAUAUAAACUAUAUCUCAUAUACUGGGAAUAAUAGAACCAGAUAUAAACUAUAUCUCAUAUACUGUGAAUAUAGCUAGAUAUAAACUAUAUCUCAUAUACUGGGAAUAAUAGAACUAGAAAUAAACUUUAUCUCAUAUACUGGGAAUAAAACUAGAUAUAAAUUAUAUCUCAUAUACUGGGAAUAAUAGAACUAGAUAUAAACUAUAUCUCAUAUACUGGGAAUAAAACUAGAUAUAAAUUAUAUCUCAUAUACUGGGAAUAAUAGAACUAGAUAUAAACUAUAUCUCAUAUACUGGGAAUAGAACAUGUUAACAUUUUGUGUAAAGGCGGAUGGAAGGAAUAAAAUAUGGAAUUUCAAUUUGUGAGUUAUUUCACUUCCCCCCCCCCCCCUUAAGCCCUAAAUCUCAAUUUUAAGGGAAAUCCCUCCAAAAAAAGUAAGGGCCGCAGGUCUUGUUAAUAUGAUGGGCUCAGAACUUAUGAAUAAACAGCUUUAAAAACAAACAUUUUAAUAACACUUUGUCAAAGAUUUAAUCUUUGUGAUCAUUCAUUAAAUUUUUAAAAAUAUCUAUUGGUUUGACCAUUUAUAAAUGUGUUCAUGAAUUUUAAGACAGUCGCACAAAAUAAUUACAUCUUUUCGUGUGCUGUUUAUAAAAACAUCUUAUACUAGUAGAAAGAUGUCUGAACAUAGUUUCUCAAUUCAAAUAGAGGUUUAUUUAUAUUAUAACGUUAUUAUUUAAUGGAAAUGUGAAAAUUGAUAAUAAAAAAUGGAAUUAUUUCAAAUAUUGUUUCUCUACAGUUCGAUUUAUGCUAAUUUCGAAUAUUUAUUUUUAAAAAGAAUUCUUUCUAGAAGCUUUCAGAUCUUAUUCGCUUUAUUGCUUAUUAUUAUUACCUGCUGAGCUUGUGCCAUGCAUGACAUAUAUUUAUUAAAUUUUAUAGUUUAUACAUUUAGUAAAUAUGUUUUUCUAGAUUGAAAUAUAAGGAUUGUAUUGUUUUA